GCAAAACGUUUCUUAACCGGAAGCAAACGGAAUGAAACGGGGAGCGACCUACCUUGAAUUUGUCUAAUAUACCAUUUCGGGUUUGUUGCAAAAUGAAACUGUUUGCAACCGUUUGUACUAAUUAUUACCCUGGACUGGAAAAUACUGGGGACGCCUCAACAAGCAAGUGUUCACAGUACGUCAAAUCUCAGAUGCAAAACUGGGCAAGCUACGAUUUAUAACACCGUACAAAAUGAGGUUGCAUUGACCCUGAUAGUACUACCCCAGUAGCCUAGCACGAGGUGGAGGCUGGAUCACAGCGGUCAGUAACCCAGCUAGGAGGCUUGGCUCCAGGCUAGCCAGCCUGCCAGCGGAGGGAGAGGGCCUUGCCACGGAACGGCCUGGUGAGCUGCGGAGACAAGCAGCGGCGGGGGGGUUGUGAUGAGCGGGAAGAGCCUGCUGUUAAAGGUGAUCCUGCUGGGGGACGGUGGCGUGGGGAAGUCUUCCUUAAUGAACCGCUACGUGACGGACCGCUUCGACGCCCAGUCCUUCCACACCAUCGGGGUGGAGUUCCUCAACAGAGACCUGGAGGUGGACGGACGCCUGGUGACCCUUCAGAUCUGGGACACGGCUGGUCAGGAGCGCUUCAAGUCCCUGAGGACGCCUUUCUACCGUGGCGCCGACUGCUGCCUCCUCACCUUCGCUGUAGACGACCUGCACAGCUUCCAGAACCUGGCCAGCUGGAAGAAAGAGUUCAUGUGUUACUCUGACGUACGAGACCCAGAGAGGUUCCCCUUCGUUGUCCUGGGCAACAAGGUGGACAAAGAGGGGAGGGAGGUGGGGGAGGACGAGGCUCGGGCCUGGUGCGAGGAGAACGGCUGUUGUCCCUACUUCGAGACCAGUGCUAAGGACGAUACUAACGUGGGAGUGGCGUUCGAGGCGGCGGUACGGGAGGUUCUGGCGGCAGAGGAUCAGAUCGACCACACGCUGUUGAGUAGCACUAUCGAUCUCCACGGCAACCGUAAAGUACCGCGCUCUUCUUGCUGCUGAUUGGUUGAAAGGACUGGUUUCUCUCUCCGUCCAGCCUGUAGCAUCCUGAGGGCUAGAGAGCUGUUCUGCUCUCCACUGAUCUCUAUGGUUACUUACCUGAUGCAGGUACAAGCUGCUGAGACUGAUGAUCGGGUAUCAAUACAGCUGAUAAGAAGAGAAUCAGGCUAUCAAUGCAGCUGAUUUUAAAGAGUGUUGGAUUGUCAGUAUCAACACAUCUGAUUUUUAAAGUUUAUCAAUGAGGUACAAUGUAACAGGUACACCAUGUUGUUCAACUCGGUCUGCUUUCAGCAGUAUAGCACAAAACUGCUCUCUACAUCCAGCCAGCCAGAUUCAUGUACCUGCCCUGUGUAAUGUUUUCAGCAUAUAGGCCUAGCCCUCUUACAGAACAGUCAUUUUAAUCUGAUAAUAUUCAUGUGUCCUUUCUGUUCUCCUCUCCAAGAGCACAGGCUGCUUGUGGCACAGCAACGUUCUCAUUCAUCUCUUUAUCUGUCUGUCUGCUAAGUCUGCUAAGGUCUCAUAGGUACUUUGACCAGAACACGAUUCUAUCACACUGUCAGGUCUCAUGACAGUGGUUGGCUGACUGACCGGUGGAAUAUCAUUUAAUAUAAUACAUAGACAUGGUGUGACUGGUGGAAUAUCAUUUAAUAUAAUACAUAGACAUGGUGUGACUGGUGGAAUAUCAUUUAAUAUAAUACAUAGACAUGGUGUGUUGGCUGACUGGGGGAAUAUCAUUUAAUAUAAUACAUAGACAUGGUGUGUUGACUGACUGGUGGAAUAUCAUUUAAUAUAAUACAUAGACAUGGUGUGUUGACUGACUGGUGGAAUAUCAUUUAAUAUAAUACAUAGACAUGGUGUGUUGACUGACUGGUGGAAUAUCAUUUAAUAUAAUACAUAGCCAUGGUGUGAUGGCUGACUGGUGGAAUAUCAUUUAAUAUAAUACAUAGACAUGGUGUGACUGGUGGAAUAUAAUUUAAUAUAAUACAUAGACAUGGUGUGACUGGUGGAAUAUCAUUUAAUAUAAUACAUAGACAUGGUGUGUUGUCUGACUGGUGGAAUAUCAUUUAAUAUAAUACAUAGACAUGGUGUGUUGGCUGACUGGUGGAAUAUCAUUUAAUAUAAUACAUAGACAUGGUGUGUUGACUGACUGGUGGAAUAUCAUUUAAUAUAAUACAUAGACAUGGUGUGACUGGUGGAAUAUCAUUUAAUAUGAUACAUAGACAUGGUGUGACUGGUGGAAUAUCAUUUAAUAUAAUACAUAGACAUGGUGUGUUAGCUGACUGGUGGAAUAUCAUUUAAUAUAAUACAUAGACAUGGUGUGUUGACUGACUGGGGGAAUAUCAUUUAAUAUAAUACAUAGACAUGGUGUGUUGACUGACUGGUGGAAUAUCAUUUAAUAUAAUACAUAGACAUGGUGUGACUGGUGGAAUAUCAUUUAAUAUAAUACAUAGACAUGGUGUGUUGUCUGACUGGUGGAAUAUCAUUUAAUAUAAUACAUAGACAUGGUGUGACUGGUGGAAUAUCAUUUAAUAUAAUACAUAGACAUGGUGUGACUGGUGGAAUAUCAUUUAAUAUAAUACAUAGACAUGGUGUGACUGGUGGAAUAUCAUUUAAUAUAAUACAUAGACAUGGUGUGUUGACUGAGUGGUGGAAUAUCAUGUAAUAUAAUACAUAGACAUGGUGUGUUGUCUGACUGGUGGAAUAUCAUUUAAUAUAAUACAUAGACAUGGUGUGUUGUCUGACUGGGGGAAUAUAAUUUAAUAUAAUACAUAGACAUGGUGUGUUGGCUGACUGGGGGAAUAUAAUUUAAUAUAAUACAUAGACAUGGUGUGUUGGCUGACUGGGGGAAUGUAAUUUAAUACACUGACAUAGACCUCUACAUGAAGCUGGACUUUAUCCAGUCACACAUCUUAUUUAAGAACUGACAACAUUGAUUGCACACAUUACUGUACCAGGACAAAUGUUUACUGCACAAAAGAGGAAUUAGAUUUUAUUUGUUUGAUUUUCUCCAAAGGGAAAGAUGUUUCUGUUCUGUCAUAUCUGUUAACACUGGGUACAUAUCUAUUUGAGUUUCUGUUCUGUCAUAUCUGUUAACACUGGGUACAUAUCUAUUUGAGUUUCUGUUCUGUCAUAUCUGUUAACACUGGGUACAUAUCUAUUUGAGUUUCUGUUCUGUCAUAUCUGUUAACACUGGGUACAUAUCUAUUUGAGUUUCUGUUCUGUCAUAUCUGUUAACACUGGGUACAUAUCUAUUUGAGUUUCUGUUCUGUCAUAUCAGUUAACACUGGGUACAUAUCUAUUUGAGUUUCUGUUCUGUCAUAUCAGUUAACAGUGGGUACAUAUCUACUUGAGGUAGUUUGUAUCUAUACCAGAUGCUACAGUUUCUCGUCCUUUAGGCUUUCUAGGUCUGAAUCAGAAGUGUUAGGUCUACGUGUGAGAGUUGCAGGAGACGCCUGUUUUAAUUUCAUCCCUUACCUACUACGGUACGUACAGUUGAAGUCGGAAGUUUUCAUAAACUAGUUUUAAUGACUCCAACCUAAGUGUUUCAACCACUCUACAAAUUUCUUCUUGACAAACUUUUACCUACUACGGUACAUACCUUUUUUUGUGAAAUCCCUUUCAUUUUUUUAGUCGGUCUCUCUUGACACCAAUGAUAGGGAUAUAAUGUUGUGAAUCAAUAGUGUAUUCCUUAUAGAUGUGACAGUUUUUUAGUUUGUCUUAUGGCAGAUCUCUUCUUUUCAGAGGUUAAUUUAGGUUCUGAUAUUUACUGUGGGUUUUCUACCAUCUACAGUGGCUUGUGAAAGUAUUCACCCCCCCCCCCCCUUGGCAUUUUUCCUAUUUUGUUGCCUUACAACCUGGAAUUAAAAAUGAUUUUUUUUGAGGGGUUUUAUCAUUUUAUUUACCCAACAUGCCUAUCAUUUUUUAAAGAUGCAAAAUACUUUUUUGUGAAACAAACAAGAAAUAAGACAAAACAGAAAACUUGAGCGUGCAUAACUAUUCACCCCUCCCAAAGUCAAUACUUUGUAGAGCCACCUUUUGCAGCAAUUACAGCUGCAAGUCUCUAUGGGUAUGUGUCUAUAAGCUUGGCACACCUAGCCACUGGGAUUUUUGCCCAUUCUUCAAGGCAAAACUGCUCCAGCUCCUUCAAGUUGGAUGGGUUCCACUGGUGUACAGCAAUCUUUAAGUCAUACCACAGAUUCUCAAUUGGAUUGAGGUUUGGGCUUUGACUAGGCCAUUCCAAGACAUUUAAAUGUUUCCCCUUAAACAACUCAAGUGUUGCUUUAGCAGUAUGAUUACUGAAACAGGUUUCCCUCAAGAAUUUCCUUGUAUUUAGCGCCAUCCAUCAUUCCUUUAAUUCUGACCAGUUUCCCAGUCCCUGCCGAUGAAAAACAUACCCACAGCAUGAUGCUGCCACCACCAUGCUUCACUGUUGGGAUGAUGUUCUUGGGGUGAUGAGAGAUGUUAGGUUUGCGCCAGACAUAGUGUUUUCCUUAAUGGCCAAAAAGCAACAUUUUAGUCUAAUCUGACCAGAGCACCUUCUUCCAAAUGUUUUGGGAGUCUCCCACAUGCCUUUUGGCGAACACCAGAAGUGUUUGCUUAUUUUUUUCUGAUCAGUCUUCCAUAAAGCCCAGCUUUGUGGAGUGUACGGCUUAAAGUGGUCCUAUGGACAGAUACUCCAAUCUCCGCUGUGGAGCUUUGCAGCUCCUUCAGGGUUAUCUUUGGUCUCUUUGUUGCCUCUGAUUAUUGCCCUACUUGCCUGGUCCAUGAGUUUUGGUGGGUGGCCCUCUUAGGGCAGGUUUGUUGUGGUGCCAUAUUCUUUCCAUGUAAAAAAAAAAUGGAUUUAAUGGUGUUCUGUGGGAUGUUCAAAGUGUCUGAUAUUUUUUUAUAACCCAACCCUGAUCUGUACUUCUCCAUAACUUUGUCCCUGACCUCUUCAUGGUGCCGCUUGCUUGGUGGUGCCCCUUGCGUAGUUGUGUUGCAGACUCUGGGGCCUUUUGGAACAGGUGUGUAUGUACUGAGAUCAUGUGACACUUAGAUUGCACACAGGUGAACUUUAUUUAACAAAUUAUGUGACUUUUGAAGGUAAUUGGUUGCACCAGACCUUAUUUAGGGGCUUCAUAGCAAAGGGGGUGAAUACAUAUGCACGCACCACUUUUCUGUUACAUUUUUUUUGCAAUUUGUUUAAACAAGUUAUUUUUUAAAUUUCACUUCACCAAUUUGGACUAUUUUGUGUAUGUCCAUUACAUCAAAUCCAAAUCUAUUUACAUUACAGGUUGUAAUGCAGCAAAAUAGUAAAAACGCCAAGGGGGAUGAAUACUUUUGCAAGGCACUGUAACUUAUGUUUGGGUUGGUGUGUCACUAAGGAAGAGGGAUGGUUUGUUUCCCAGCCCUAUUGCCUUGCCUGUCUACUGCAUGGCCCUGCUCUAGAACACUGACAGUUCUGGAACAUUCUAGGUUCUAGAUAAAAGCUUAUACACUGCUCAAAAAAAUAAAGGGAACACUUAAACAACACAAUGUAACUCCAAGUCAAUAACACUUCUGUGAAAUCAAACUGUCCACUUAGGAAGCAACACUGAUUGACUAUAAAUUUCACAUGGUGUUGUGCAAAUGGAAUAGAGAGGGAGUGGGGGGGGGUGUGUGAAUACUUUCACAAGCCACUGUAGAUGGUAGAAAACCCACAGUAAAUAUCAGAACCUAAAUUAACCUCUGAAAAGAAGAGAUCUGCCAUAAGCCAAACUAAAAAACGGUCACAUCUAUAAGGACUAUUGAUUAACAACAUUAUAUCCCUAUCAUUGGUGUCAAGAGAGACCGACUAAAAAAAUGAAAGGGAUCUCCUGCCCUCACUGGAUUUUGAAUGAUGUAGCCUAAAUCAAAGGAUCAGUUUGAAACAUUUUUUGAGGACCUUUAUUUGGUCAUUAUUUGAAGGAAAAUAGCAUUACUGAUGUUAUACAAUACUUCUGAUGCCUGAAGCCACAGUUGACACUUCAGUUGUCUGUUUCCAGUAUUUUACCUAGUCAACACGGUACUGUUGCUAUGCCUACCAGAUGAAUCAACCAUUGUGGCGUUGCUCUACUACUACAAUACUUUGUUAUUUUAUCUGCAUGCAUGUGAAAUUCACUGAUUCAAGUUCCAUGUCUUUAUAUAUCUUUUAAAGUGAUGUUUGUGUGUUGUACCAAUCUAAAGGAAGGUAUAAGUAAUCUGCCUCUCAAUUCAAAUGAAAUGACUGUCUGGUACAGCAGAGGGGUUCACUGUGAAAGAGCCAGCCGUUCACUGAAACUUUAGCACUGUGUUAUGUUGACUGAUAUCGUGGUACACCUGUAUCUAUUGAAGAUGUUGAUUUGUCAAUUUACUCAACCUGUGGUAUUUAGGAAAACAGUAUAACAAGUACAUUUGGAAUGUUCUAGGUUAUGGUAUGUAACAAAGUAUUACCAGAAGAAGAAAAACUACACACAAUGUAUUUUACCCAAUGGAAAGAGGGCUGGACGUCUAUUACGAGACAUCACAUUCCACUGCUAUGUCAACUACAUUCCUGAGAAUGUAUUCCACCUGUCAUACUCUUAACAUACAGUUCUCGUCUCCUCACCAUCUCGUCUCACUCCCACUAACCAAUAUUGAUGACCUGUUUUGUUUUUAAUCUAUAUGUUGAAUAAGAAAAAUGUACACAGUAAUGUUUACUUUGGGCUUGCCACAGUGCACAAAGACAUGACUACACGUACAUUGUAAAAGGGCAUUCGUUUCAUUCCUGAAAUAACUGUACAAUAUCUGAAAUCCUCAAUACUACUGUACAAACUGACUAAAAUAGCAUUUUUAACCUCACCUAAGUGUUUGUUAGCCUGCUUUGAGCUGAGGUGUAGAACUGUCAGAGUUGAUAUAGGAAUAUAACUGUAUACCUGUUGUUUUGCUUGUAACUCCAAUAUCAAACCUUAACCUCUUCAUUGCUCUAUGGAGGUUAAGACUGUCCCUUUACAGAGCGGCGUCCCAAAUGGCACCCUAUUAAUACAGUAUAUAGUGCACAGCUCUAUCAGAGCCCUAUGGCCCCUGUUCAGAAUGAUGGCACUAUAUAGGGAAUCAGCCCUGUGGCCCCUGGUCAGAAUGAUGGCACUAUAUAGGGAAUCAGCCCUGUGGCCCCUGGUCAGAAUGAUGGCACUAUAUAGGGAAUCAGCCCUGUGGCCCCUGGUCAGAAUGAUGGCACUAUAUAGGGAAUAGGUUGCCAUAUGGGAUGCAGAAAGACUGAUGUAGGUGUGAAUACUAUCCAAUAAUGUACGACAACUAAUAAAACCAAAAACAUGCAACAUACCAAAUACAGGAACUGA